AUGGACCCAGCCCUCCUCGCAGACGGGAUCUCGUGCGACACCGGCCUCAACCUCUCAUCAGCUGUCCGGCACUCCUCGAGCAUUCCUCACCUUUACGUCGACGGGCUGAGCGCCAUACUCGACCAGGCAGGUUUGCAACUCAGGCGCGGUGAUGUUGUCGAGGUCCAGGGUCUCGCAUCGAGCGGGAAGACGUCGCUGCUCCUGCACCUCGCCGCGACCGCUCUUCUGCCGCGCAGGGCUCACGUUCGGGUAGAUAGGCAGGUGCUCGAGGUUGUGGUCGGUGGGAAGGAGGAGGCCGUCGUCUGGAUCGACUGUACUUCACGCUUCGACGUCGACCGCCUCGCCUCGCUCCUCCGGCAUCACCUCGAUACCUCGAUUCAGCGGUACCGUGCGCCGAGAGGCAUCGGUGCGCCUCGAGACGAGGAGAUCGACGGACUCGUCGACGAGUGCUUGACGCGGCUGCAGGUCUUCUACCCUUCUUCGACCCUUCAGCUCGCCGCAACGAUUCAAGGGCUGCCGGAAUGGGCGAAGACGCAUGCCGCGGAGGAAGUCGGCAGCGUCUUGAUCGACGGCAUGAGCGAGUUCGCAUGGGCCGAUCAGUACGCGCAUGAGCAGCGGAGCGCAUCUUUCGCGCCAGGAGCACCCCGACCGGUCGACUCUUCCGCUUCGUCACAAACUCCCCUUCGACUCCUUCUCGCCGCAAUUGCGCAUCUCCGCCGGACUCUCGCACCCUUGAUCUUUGUCACGCAAUGGGUCUUCCGACCUCACGCAAUCCUGCCUCAGCGAUCAAGCGACGGCCUGCCCUUCUACCAGCACCACUUUGCUCCGCCUCACUGGCCCUCAAUCUCGACCGUGCCUCUCGUAUCGGACGCCAGCAUCGAUCCUCUCGAGUCACCUUCUCUCCUCGACGGGAUGUGGCCGACCUUUCCGCUCAAACUGCACAUCACGGUCCAUCCUCCGCAAAAGGCCGUCUUCCGCAAGGGCGUCAACCUCGACACGGUUCUGCAGGAGCAAAAGAAGCGGCUCAAGGAGCGCGACAAGCUGUUCAAGCGGGCGCGAGGCUUGGGAACGGCUGCGGGAGGAAUGGGGACGGAGGGCAUCCAGUGCGUUGUUCGGAAGCAGGGCGGAGUCGAGAUCGGUAGCUGGGAGAUGAGCGUGUACGAGAAGGAGAUUGUGACGUGA